GACAACGAUUCGUAGUGAAACAUCAAGAAGCGCGACAAUGAGAUCAAUCCCUCUAGACAAGCUCGUCAAAAAGAUAUUGGAUAUUGGAGACCAUAGUAACGGCUCCAAAUAUGUCCGCCAAAUUGUAGUUCAGUUCGCAACUUGGGUGCGAACUGAUCUGCUGCAUAGAUACUAACUUUCACCUGUUGCUUCUAUCCCAUCUUUGGUAAUUGAAAUUUUAUCAAUGGAGGACGAAGAAGUCAUAAAUAGAGAUAUAAAUCUCACAGGCUGUGGAGCUAGUUGGGCAUGUGAUCCAAGAAGACGUCCUCAUCGCUAUAUUGUAUUGUUCUUCAUUUGUUUCCUUUCUUUUGGAAGCUAUUUUUGCUAUGAUAAUCCUUCAGCACUUCAAGAUGUCUUCCUAAGCUCUCUAGACAUGACAAAGGUUGAAUUCAUGAAUUUGUACGCAUUUUACUCAUGGCCAAAUGUAAUUCUAAGUUUUGUAGGUGGUUUUCUUAUCGAUAGAGUAUUUGGUAUCCCAUGGGGAAGCAUUAUUUUUUCAAUGUUUGUACUUAUUGGGCAAAUAAUAUUCGGUAUAGGAGCUUAUUUUAAAAGUAUUCCUGCAAUGUAUUUUUCCCGAUUGAUAUUUGGAAUCGGUGGUGAAUCACUCGCUGUAGCACAGAAUACUUAUUCAACUGAAUGGUUUCCACCGAAUGAGUUAAAUCUAGUAUUUGGACUUCAACUUAGCAUGUCACGUAUUGGAUCGACAGUGAACAUGGUAACAAUGCAACCGCUGAAUCGAGCUGUUGGCAAACACUUCAAUAUACACACUAAUAAACAAUUGGGUGCAUCUUUAUUGACUGCUUCUGUUACCUGUUUAUUUUCUACUAUCUGUGCUGUAAUUAUGUUGUUUUUUACAAAGAGAGCUAAACGUAUUCUGUCAUCUUGUGAAAAACCGCAUUCACUGAAUACCCAACCUAUUGAAUCCAAUACACUUGAAAUAUCUAAUCAUGAAGAAGAACAAUUACUCACGAAGAAAAUAGAAGAUCAAAACAAAAAGAUCUCUCCUAUGGAUGUUAUUCAUUUUCCAGGCGCUAUUUGGCUUAUUUGUAUCAUUUGUGUGACAUAUUAUGUAACAGUAUUUCCAUUUGUUAGUUUAGGACUAGUAUUUUUUGAAAGGAAAUUUGGUUUAUCUGUUCAAGAUGCUAGUGUUGUUAACAGUCUUAUCUACAUUAUAUCCGCUGUGGCAAGUCCUGUAUUUGGAGCAGCAAUUGAUAUUAUCGGAUAUAAUUUAUAUUGGUUAUUCAGUGGAAUAUUAAUUACAUUGGGCUGUCAUUUAUGCUUUGCUUUUACUAGUGGUCAAAUUCCCCCACUAGCUAUCAUGAUUGUAAUGGGUUUGUCUUAUUCUGUUCUGGCUAGUAGUUUAUGGCCAAUGGUUGCUUUUGUAUUGCCAUUGCAUCAAAGAGCCACAGCUUAUGGUUUAAUUUCGUCAAUUCAAAAUUUAGGACUUGGAUUAAUUUCCAUAUUUGCCGGAUAUUUAGUUGAUACAAAAGGUUAUUUGUUCCUUGAAGUGUUUUUCGUCUUCUGUCUCAGUAUCGCUAUCACUGCUACAUUUGGUCUACUUAUAUGGGAUCAUCGUUUUGGUACAGGAUUACUAAAUGAAUCUGGUGUAAAUAGACGAUCGAGAAAUCUUGUAAGCAAAAUUGAUGAUGGAACUGUAAGCCGUACAUCAUUGGAGCCAGUUAUUACUUGAUUAUAAAUAUGAACUUCAUAAUUUUGUUUCAUUUCUCAUAUUUUAUCAUAAAUGAUUUUCAAUUAAACUUUUUACUUUGUUUCUAUGUGUCCUACAUGAUUCAUUACGCCUGAUUCAUAUGUUCUUUAUAAAUUCAGUUAAGUAUUUUCGUACACCAACAGCUGAACUUCCUCAUGGAGUUAAAACAGUUUAAUUUAUAUCUUAUUUUAACGAUAAGUAUUCAAUUAUGUUUCGUUUUUGAUUACAUGUUUCAUUUUCUAAAUCAUGAAUUCUAUGUAUUUUUUUUGUAUUUUAUGAUUUGAUUUCAUUAUAAGUAUUGGAUAUUUCUUUUGGUUAUACAAAAUGUUUUGUACUAAUUACAGUUAACCGGGACUACUA